AUGGCAGCCAACUCUCAACAAUUUGGCACUAGACUCGACACCACUUCUGGACCUGUUAAUGAACUAAAUGUUUCAUCUAUUGAACAACAACUUGCGAGUCUAACUUCUUUUAUUCGACAAAUGGCUGCAGAUGAACAAGUUAAUGCAGUAGGGAGCUUUCCUAGACAACCACAAAAGAAUUAUAAUCCUUACUUGAACACCUACAAUCCUCCUAAUCUUAGCUAUGGGAAUCAACAAGAGAAUCAACCAAACGUCCAACAAUAUAGGCAGCCAUAUCCUCCUAAACAACAACAGGACCAAACUUCAAGUUCAGGUAAGCCUUUAGAAGAUAUUGUUAAGUCUUUGGCCACUAACACUUUACAAUUUCAACUGCAAAUAAAACAAUUACAACAGGAGGCAAGGGCAAGUAUUAAAAGUUUGGAGAAGCAUAUGGGUCAAAUGGCAACCUCAAUCAGUAUGCUAGAAGUACAAGGUUCGGGAAAAUUACCCUCUCAAAUAAUGGUCAAUCCAAGGGAAAAUGCAAGUGCAAUCUUGUUGAUGAAUGGUAAGGAGGUUGAAAUUCCAAAGGCAACCCUUACAUCAUUAGAACAGAAAAACGAAAAAGAUGUCACUGAAGAAAAGAGUGUUCCCAACGAUAAUUGCAUACCUAAGCGUAAGUUUUCAUCCCUUUCUGAGUAUAAAUCGAUACCCCCUUUCCCUCGGGCUUUAGUAGAACCCAAGAAAGAUGAACAUAAUCAUGAACUUUAUGAAACUUUUCGUAAAUAUGAGGUAAACAUUUCAUUGCUGGAUGCUAUUAAACAAAUACCUCGUUAUGCUAAGUUUUUGAAGGAAUUGUGUACCCUUAAAAGAAAAGAGAAACUUAAAAAGUGUGAAAAGAUAAACGUAGGAAAAAAUGUUUCUGCAAUCAUUCAAAGAAAUCUCUCUACAAAGUGCAAAGAUCCAGGCAUGUUUAGCAUCCCUUGCACGAUAAGCAACACUAGGUUUGAAAAGGGCAUGUUAGACUCAGGAGUUUCUAUUAAUGUCAUGCCAUACUUUAUAUACGCUUCUUUAAAACUUGGACCUUUAAAUGAAAUUGGUGUUCAACUAGCUGAUAAAUCAAAUGACUAUCCUAAGGGUAUAGUUGAGGAUGUUCUAGUGAAAAUUAAUGAUUUGGUUUUUCCCGCUGACUUCUAUGUACUUAAUAUGGGAUAUAGUGAUCAAACUAUUCCCAUUUUGCUAGGAAGACCAUUCUUAAGGACAUCCAAAACUAAAAUAGAUUUUUAUAGUGGCAUGAUAACUAUGAAAUUUGAUGAUAAAAUCAGUGAAUUUAACAUUUAUGAUGCCAUGAAACAUCCUGAUGAAACUAACCCUGUUUAUUCUAUAAAAGUGAUUGAUAAUUUGGAACAAGAAGUUUUAGAACUUGAUGAAAACAAUGCAGUGAAAGUUGCCAUUGAUAAACAUAUUGAGGAUGUGAAUCAGGUUGCCCUCAAAUAUUGCCUUGUAGGAAACUAUUGUAGCAUUGAAUGCUUCUUCAAAGUCACAAAAGUCGGAUGUCGUAACGAUGGUGUUACUGUUAGAAAAUGUACUUUUUUUAUUGAUGGUCCAGGAAGUACUGGUAAAACUUAUUUGUACAAAGCAUUGCUUACUACAGUACGAUGUAGACAACUCAUUGCAAUGACAAUAGCAUCAUCUGGAGUAGCUGCUUCUUUAUUACCUGCUAGAAGAGCUGGCCAUUUGCGUUUUAAAAUUCCUCUUCGAACAAGUCCUGAUAUGCGAUGUUCGGCAUUAGUUAAGAAAUAUUACUGA